GCAUUACUCCACGAUCUAUUGUUUUGGAUAACAAAGGACCAAGAAACCCGACCGGUCCUUCACGGUUACACCUUAUAUGAUUAUUUGUUCCUAAUUCCGAUUUCCAUGCCUGACGUGCAACGACGACGUACCUCCCGACUUGCUCCACUUCAUUAACCCAACUGCACUAAUUAGUCUCCGUCAUUCCAACUCUCUCUCAUCCGCCAGUCGCUUGCAAAUCCCGCCUGGUUGUCUUCCCUGCCAGCGCAUCCCGAAGCAUCGCCAGGGCAAUCGGUCCGUAUUGACUUCGCAGGAUCACUUUCGCCAGUGACCCGACCGGCCUCCCGAGUCGAAAAAGAGGCACAACAACGUGACAAAAGCUUAAACUUGGGUGGCUCCCAGGGGUUCAUGGGGGGCCAAGCCCGGCUGUGCGGAUAAGAUAUCUUAAGAAAAGCGACGGGCUGGCGUCCAUCACGACGAUCCUCUUUCUUCUCCCUCUUCUCGCUUUCGCAACCCGUCUCUUUUCCUUUCCUUUCCUUCCUUGCACCCCCAAAGGCUGUUCAUCCUUGCAGUCUCCUCUCCCUACCUGCAAGAAUGGGCUGGCCAGUGUGCAAUUCGACUGUGGAAGACGAAACCAUCACGGAGGUUGACCUCUGGGAUGGCGGCAUCACCUUCCACCAACUCUGCCUGAUCAUGGGUGGGGCUUUUGGUCUCAUGGCUAUACUUGUUUCCUUCUACCUGAUUGGAAUGCACGCUACACAUUACAGCAAAAAGAUAGAGCAACGGCAUAUCAUUCGAAUCCUGCUUAUGGUCCCCGUUUAUUCCGUCGUCGCAUGGCUCGGUACCUACUUCUACAAGAACGAUGUCUACUAUGAUUUGAUCGGCAACUGUUAUGAAGCGUUUGCGAUUUCGGCUUUCUUCUCUCUUAUGUGCGCAUACAUUGCGCCCGACUUGCAUAGCCAGAAAGAAUACUUCCGUGGAGUCGAACCCAAACCGUGGGUCUGGCCGAUCCCGUGGCUUCAGAAGUGUACGGGUGGAGAGAAGGGCAUUUGGAGGACACCGCGCAGUGGUCUGACAUGGUUCAACGUCAUCUGGGUGGGCGUUUUUCAAUACUGCCUCCUCCGAGUCUUGAUGACUAUCAUCGCGGUCGUCACGCAAAAGUUUAACCUGUACUGCGAGGAAUCCCUCAACCCGGCGUUUUCGCAUAUCUGGGUUCUCCUCAUUGAAUGUAUUGCAGUCUCCAUCGCCAUGUACUGUCUGAUCCAGUUCUACAUUCAGAUCAAAGACGACAUCAGCCAGUAUCAGCCAUUCUUGAAGAUUUUGUCAAUCAAGUUGGUCAUUUUCCUGUCCUUCUGGCAAUCGACUUUGAUCUCCUUCCUCACCUCAGCCGGAGCGAUCAAAACCACCUCUAAAAUACAGAGUCCCGAUCUCAAAGUUGGACUGCCGAACCUACUCAUCAAUAUUGAGAUGGCCUUCUUUGCCGUCCUUCACCUGUGGGCAUUUUCCUGGAAACAGUAUUCGCUCAAGAACCAGCCGUCCGAGAUCACCGACUUCUACGGCAACGGCAAAGGCAGCUAUGAGGGCGGUCCCUUCGGCGUUAAAGGCAUACUCGACGCCUUGAACCCAAUGGACCUCAUCAGAGCGAUUGGUCGCAGUUUCCGCUGGCUCUUCGUCGGCCGGAAGAGACGCACGAUGGAUCCCAGCUACCACCAAACCGCAAAUGACGCCUUCAACAUGAACGCUACCGAGAGCGGUAUCGAUUCCCACGGCACCGAAUACGGCGGCGCAGGCGUAAUGAUGGCCGGUGGACGCUACAGUCCCCCCGGCGAAGAAGGACAGGUCCUCUUGUCGCACGCUCAGCCAAGCCCCGGGGGUCCCCCGCCUCCGAUCGACGACGAAACGGACCCGAACCGCUUCUACAACCAUAACCGACUCAGCGCAGCCUCCCUCCUGGAGCCAACAGCCACGCAUACUGCCCGGCCGUACUCCCCUUACGAGGAGGACGCAUACAACCCCUACCUCGUGAACUCCCACCUGGAACAGGACCACUACCACGAGCCCGUCCACGCCAAUCCACCUUAUCCAGACCACCCUUCCGACAUCAACAAUCCCUACCACCCCACCACAACGCUGCAAGAACAGCCUCCCAUUCCUCUCCCGGAAUCCUACCAACCCCCUCCCCCGAACUACGACAGUGACCACCAGCAACAACAACAACGAAGGUAAAGCGACGAGAUUUGAUUUCGACGAGCAACAAAAGAAACUCCGUUAACUGCGGAGUAUGAUGACCCAUUUAAGUCUUCAUGCAUGUUCUUUCACUUUCUUGCGCGUUCCUCAUCCUCCCUACUGGGUAAGAAUUGAGAGCGCCACGGCUUGCUAUCUAGCUAGCCGUGUUUAUCUUUGUCUCUUGGCGUUGGCUUACUUUUAUUCCCUGCCUGUCUGUUCUAUGCAUCUGUCGUAUAAUACCCUCUGAAUUUCUGGGCUGCCUUUCUUGUGUUUGAUUUAUUCUAGCUAUAUGAUAUCACGGUAUGAAGAUUGAGGUUUUGAUGAGACCGGAUUGACUUACUUACCUGGGAGACUUUUCUCUUGGUUGAGGGAGGUUGUUUAUAUAUGAUAUCACUCCCCCUCGUCUUCC